AUGUCUACACUUUCACUUGUUCGCGGUCAAAGACGGUUCUACAGUGCUCUAAAAAGUAGUAUGUUUCCCUCGGAAGAAUUUUUAUCAUGAAUAAUAUUGCAGUUGUUGUCGGUCACCAGUUUGCAGAGAACUGUUUGAAGUUGAAUGUCCGCAAUGAUAUUACAAAAAUCUCAAGGACGUUUUCAUCAAGAACAGACCAAGUUUCUGAAGUUUUCGACGAAUUCAGCAAUGAAAAGCUUGAAAAAAAUUCAACGGAAAAGCUCGACGCAAAACUCAAUCUUGAUGACAGGUUCAUCUUCUGAAAAUAUUUGUGAUACGCAAAUUUUUAUUUCAGCGAGGCAGGCAUUUCGAAACUGAUGAGUUUUCUGAAAGAUCAACGUAUUAAAGACACCUGUGUUUUCAAACUGGAUAAUGAGCCGAAUACAGUGUAUAACCAUAUGGUAUCAUACCUUUUUUUCAAUGAAAAUUCAUUUUUUCAGGUCAUCUGCACGACUUUAAGCUCCAGGCAAGCUUCUUCUAUUGCCAAUGCUUUACGACUUUUGACCAAGUCCCUUGGUGACAAGCCCUUGGUAAAUUAAAUUUUUGUUUUUGGAAGGAAAGAUGAAGUUUUCAGGGACAAUCGAAAAUGAUCACUAAAUUAGGCAACGGCUGGUUUGUGACGGAGGUGGAUUCGAUUCAGGUGUGACUUCCAAAAUUAAUGCUGUUUCAAUUUUUUGCGAGAGUUUCUUCAGAGUUCAAUGAAAGUCAAAAAAUGGGGUACAGCAAUUUUUUUAAAUUUCAGAAUUUUUCAAUGAAUUUCACUUUCCUUCGAAACCGAAAAAAAAAGUUCAUAAGUUAAGAAAGCAAAAUUCUGUUAGGAGGAAAAAUUUUUUUGCUGUUUCAGGUGCACGUCAUGAACGAAGAAUGCCGUCGAAAAUACGACUUGGAAACGAUGUGGAGCGGGGAUGAAUCCAAACGAAUCGAAGCUUUCAUGGAACACCAAGAAUUUCUUCCUCCGCCCAAUACUCAACGCAAAUAG